GUCACUAACAACACAACACAGCACCCUCAGCCCCACUACCCUGAGCCUGGCCAGGGAGCAGGGCAGAGCCAGCAGGAGGGCAGCAUUGCCAGGAAGGACAGGCAGCCCCAGGACAUCCAGACUAGAGGCUGAAAUGGAGCAAUACCUCUCUUUUUCUUCCUGCCAAUGCACUGGCUGUUUCCAGAAUACACCGAUAUGGAUGGAAAGAGGCUGCCCUUAGCAAACACACACCCUGGCCAGGUGUGAAAUCUGACCCACACAGGAGUGGAGGAAGAGUUAUCCUCAGCCAGUGCUAGCAGGGACUGAGCAUGGCUUGGAGAGAUCUGGCUUACAGCAAAUAGGGUCAAGAAGUGGGAAUGACCUGAGAGAAGACACUGGUCUCAAGAACUGGAGAGGUGGAGUUCGCACCCAGUGCACUCACACACAGGACUGUCCCUUCUGCAUAAAUCCCCAGUUCAGAUCUAUCCCUCAAACUGUCAUUGAAGUCCAUGCACUGUUUUGGUUGCACCCUCCCCUUCAAUUUUUGUGCUGUUGUCCCUGUUUAUAUUUUUUGAGCACAUAAUUAGUGAGCAGGGCUAUGAGCUGGUCUCUGCUGCAUUGGGGUGAAUCCACCCUAGCACCAACACCUUGGCCCUGGGUAGACAGCAAGCACCUGAGCUCAGAGCAUGUCCCCAGAGAUGGCACCAGGCAGGGACAGUAAUAGCCCUACCACUUACUCUAAACAGGGAUGAGAGACUCAUCAUGGACUCCACUCUGGAGACAAGCCAGCAGAAGGAGAAGCUUCUGAAAGCACUCUACACCCUCCAGCUGAAGUCAAACACCACUCUCCAGACAGCCAGCCCGCUGCUGAGCAGCCAGCGGGGCAUGGGCAUGGUGACACAGCACCAAGUCCACCAGCUGGCAGACAAGACCAAAAGUCUCUGUAGAGACCUGGACAACAUUAAGAACCUCCUCCACUAUCAUCAGAAUGAGCUGGUCCGGCAGAUCCCCAACCCCACUGGCAGCCGUUAUGGGUGUGUAAGUGGAAUCCAUUGUUCCCAGGAUGGCUCUAUCUAUGUGACAGCCGAGGGUGCUCCCUGGGUGCAUGUGCUUAGCAGCACAGGCCAAGUGCUGAAGUCGCUGCCCUGCUGGCAAACGGGGAGGGAAGGUGGCAGUUUCUUGCCGGAGGAUGUGACUGUGACUCGGGCAGGAAUGGUGGCCGUAGCUGACAUGAUAAAUGGGGCUGUCUGGGUCUUCAGUCCUCACACCAGCCCCUCCAAAGGGGAAUGGAUAAAGAUCGGGAAGGUUGGCUCCCCCAGGGGUGUUGGAGUAGACUCCACGGGCAAGAUCUUAGUAGCAGACUAUGCCCAAGGCCAAGUCUGCAGCUUUGCACUGGAUCACGCCUUCAAGACACUGAACAUCCGCUCAGUCCCCAACCUGCAGGGACCUCGCUACAUCAGUCCAGCACCCAACGGAGGCUUUGUGGUAAGCGAGGAGUGCGGAGACGUCAAGGUGUUCAUGAGCAGUCAUAAACUCGUUUGCUCCCUCAGCAGCAAAUACGGACACCAGUUUGGCAACCCGGCGGGGGUGUGCGUUGACGUGGAAGGCAGCGUGGUGGUGGCAGAUGAGCAGCACCGCACCGUCCACUUGUUCCCAGAGAGCGGGGCUCCUGUCUGCCUGGUGUCUGCUGGGCUGCGGAGGCCGGCCGGCGUGGCCUGCUCCCCUUUUGGGCACCUCUUCGUGGCAGACACGGGUGAGAACUGUGUCAAAGUCUUCAAGUACCACGUGAGGCCCCGCCAGCUCUUGGGCACCUUGUGACAACCUCCAGAGUGGGGCCGGUUCCACCACAACCCUGCUGAGCUUUGGGUCCGCUGGUGGGUCGCAAAUGAUGGUGCUCCCACAACCAGGCAUUAUCCCCGCACUCAAUCGUGUUGUUGCCAUCCAGCUUUUCCAGACGGCAGAAGCAAGGACUAGAGCAACGAAGGUUCAGCUCCAUGCUUCUUGGAUCCACCGGAAUAGCUGAAGGAUUGAGUUCGGGCGGUGGGCAUGGAACAGGCUCCCCAGGGCAGUGGGCAUGGCCCCAUGCUGCUAGAGCUCACAGAGCAUUGGGACACCACUCUCAGACAAAGGGUUUGGGUCUGGGUGGUGCUGUGUGGAGCCGGGGGUUGGUCUCCAUGGUCCUUGUGGGUCCCUUCCAACUUGGAGUAUUCUCUGGUUCUAUAAAAAAUGAUGGUGGUGUCUUGGAAACUUA